AAUCCUCAUCUCCUCCUACAUUGUUCCCAAUUUCCCAGACCAGCAACCCGACUUUCUCAAGACUCCCAACAUGCAGCUCACCAAUGUCAUCUCUCUCCUGGCCCUCAUGGCUGCCGGCGCCUCCGCUCUCCCCGAGCCUGUCGCCAACAUGGCCGAAGGCAUCGUCGAGCGCGACUCGGGCCACCUCAUCGAGGCUCGUUGCACUGCUAACCUGCCCAUCUGCCAGGGCGCGUCGUACGUCGGCGACGACAACUGCAAGUGCCAGGGCCAGGUCCCGCCCUGCGGAAAUUGGAAGUGCGGCUGGAGUGGUCCCAGGUCCAUCAUGAACUGUGCAUCUAAGGGAACUGGUUGCGUGUGGAUCAACUAG